UACAAGGUAUCACAACACAAUAAGCAUCGCUGAGAUUUUGACGCGAUGGCUGCUUUAGACGCGCUUCAGGGUUUUCUUUCACAUGACGUGUUUUUAAAGCCGAUCACCAAAAUCAAAUACCAGACAUCCACAUCCACAGGUCACCACAGUAUCUGCGCAAACCUACCGACAAAUGUUAGCGUGCCAUCUGUGAGUGUUUGUCCAGAGUGUGUGUUUGAUCUGCAAAUGCAUGUAAGUGUGAAGUCCAUCUGCUCAUUUCACCUUCACGUCCAUUAAACCAAGUCUUUACGUCUCGCUGCUUUUCCUUUCAUCUGUCAAGGGCCUAAAGAGCUCUUUUAUUAUUUCCCAUCAAUCACUGUACGAGGAGGAUGCCGUAUAUAUGAGCUGAGCUUCAUUCUCAGUGGCAUCAGGCGCGCCGGCGGUUGCUCCGAAUUGAAACUUCUGGUGCUACACUGAAAUCCGGCCUCGGGUGUGAUGCUUUUCAACACAACGGCACUUGACCUGACGGAGUGCGAGCAAACGGAGGCCUGGGAUUGGUUGUAUCUGAUGCAGCCGGCGUACAUGUCCGUCAUCUGUGUUCUGGGUCUCCUCGGCAAUGCCUUCGUCCUCUGUGUCUUCUGCUUUCACCGGUGCACGUGCUCCGUGGCGGACAUCUACCUGGGAAACCUCGCAGCGGCGGACUUCCUCCUGGCGUGCUGCCUGCCCUUCUGGGUGAUCACGGUCACGCGCCGCUUCAACUGGACUUUCGGAGAGCCCAUGUGCCGUCUGGUGAGCAUCAUCAUCGCCAUGAAUCACAACUGCAGCAUCAUGUUCCUCAGUCUGGUGAGUCUGGACCGUUACCUGGUGCUGACCCGGCCCGUGUCCGUGGCCCGGUUCCGUGCCGUCUGCCGCGCCAAGCUGGCGUGUCUGGUGAUCUGGGUGGCUUCCUUCCUCCUGAGUCUCCCGGCUCUGCUGUUCCGCUCGGUGAAGUUCUUCCCGGAGUUCGAUGCUGAAGCUUGUUUCAUCGAUUAUCCUCACGGCGCCUGGAGACUCCGCUACAACGUGACGGUGAGCGUGGUGGGCUUUCUAAUUCCCGUACCGCUGGUGUCGUUCUGCAGUUAUCACAUCAUCCGCGUGCUGAAGGACACACGGGUCAGGAGGAGUUCGUCUUUCAGGAGCGAGCGGAGGGCAGCCAUUCUGGUCCUCGUGGUUCUGGCCGUCUUUAUUCUGUGCUGGCUGCCCUAUCAUGUGUUCAUCUUUCUGGACACGCUGUAUUACUUCGGGGUCGUGUGCGGUUGCGUGUGGAUUCACGGUUUGGACAUCGGCAACCAGCUGUCCACGUACAUCGGUUACAGCAACAGCUCGCUGAAUCCGUUUCUGUAUGUGAUCGUGGGAAAACACUUCCGACAAAGAGCUCAAACUGUGUUUGAGAGGAUGAUCAAGCGUCAACGCAUGUCACCGGUGAUGAUGAACUCAAACGAGCGGUGCACAGAGCUCACCAGAUUCUGACCUCUGCUGGCCAAUGCUUCUCAUUACAAGUCAGAACGUUUUUAAGUUCAUUAAUGAAAACAAUACGCUUCUGAAACAAAUCUUUCAAACAAGCAAUUAUGAAUGUAUUAUUUAUUUCAAAUAAUAAUUCAACAUUCAUUUCGGAUUAAAUCGUUGUCUUUUUUUAUUAUUGGAACUGUUCUGCACUAUUUCUGAUCCAUUUCCUCAACUGUUGAAAAGGAACGUUUGGCUUGAAAAGUGUGUUAAUGUGUAAAAUAUAACAAUAAAAAACCCUUCAUCAAAGCAACAAGUGUUCAUCGUUUAUAAACCUUCAGUAACUUUAUUUCACGUAUUCAUAUAGCAGACGCUUUUAUUCCCAGUGAUUUUAAAUAAACGCCUGCGAGAAACAACAUUUGACAUUUUGUCUAAAUCAAUGGCAUGCAAUAGAAAAGCAAACAUUUCAAGCAUUAGUAGAAGAUCUGAGACGUGAGCUGCUGGAUAUGAAGCUCGGUUCGUCUCUGGUCAGAGGGUUAUCCGUGUGUCAGAUGGAGAAGUGUAAACAGACUGUAACUCACCGGCUGUGGGUGGAGAAAUGGGUU